AUGGCCGUCCGCAGCACCGCUCAGGAAAUGGAGCGACUCCAGCUCUCAGAUGAAGACACCGAGGACCUCUGGAACUCCCCGUCAAAGCGAGGAGCUCGUAGAACCUUCACACCACGGUCACCCGACGAGAUCCCCCCACCGGAGCCUCGGCAGCCCCAUGAUGGGGGCCGAACUCUUUUCGACCGCCAAGAGGCUCGUGAAGCAGCACUUCAUAACGAAUUACACGCCGUGCGGAAUAUCAACGAGGUCAUUGAGGGCCUCUUGGGGAGUAUUGACCGGGCCAAGGGCAAUAUGGAGACCGUAUCGAAAACAGUCGCAUCGGCGUCGACCCUUCUAAACACUUGGACCCGAAUUCUUUCCCAAACCGAGCAUAACCAGCGCCUCAUCCUCAACUCCGACUGGCAGGGUGCCACGCAAGAUGUUGCCGAUAUGGAGCAUGAAGCAAUUCAGAGACAACAAGCGGCCGAGCGGCGCGAGCAAGCGCUCCAGCAACAACGAGAAGCAGCCGCGCGCAAAGCGGAGGAGGAGGAAAGGCGACGAAUUGCCACAGGCCGUGGUCGCGGGACUAGUCGAGGCACGGUUCGCAGUACUGGGCUCGGGAGGACGCCGAGUGUGAGCACCAGCCGAACGGGAUCUACUAGGGGAUCUUCCACGACGGCCACCCGGCGACCGGCCAGUGGGAUCGCUCGAGGAAGUGGAAUUGCCCGAGGCUGGGGCAACGCUUAA